GUUACUUGAAGAAAUCAGAUCUGUCAGGACGGGCGAAAAAAAUGCCACUUCCCAACUAACAGGCGGAAUCCAGCCCAGAUUUUCAGUCCUUUCUUCUUCUUUUUUCCCUUCCUCCCUUUCACUAAUUUAUCCCGAUGUUAGCACAUUCUGUCUCGUAACACCCGGACGCCUGUAGGUUUGUUGCACGGGAUCAUUACUUACUGCUCAGGCUGGCUCCGAGCACGGGGCUGAAGACGGAGUGGGAAGUUGGGGAUAACAUUUUUAUUUUAUUUUUUUAAAUUACUGUGAUUAUUAUUACGAUUCCGUGCUUUUACUCAGGAAAGCAAACAGGCAAAAAAAGACAAAAAAAAAAAGGGAGAAAAAAAAUCAAAAACAACAAAACAAAACAAAAACCUGAUGCUCCAGUUCUGAAUGUGAAAUAUUACCUACCAGCUUGUAAAGUUGUGAGGAACAGCAGCAAUUUUUUUUUUUUAAUUUUUAUUAUUUUUUCUAAGCGAGGAGGAAAAACCAAACAAACAAAAAAGGACUUCUGAUCCGUGUGCCAAAGUAGGGGGAGAUGUGUUACUGACCGAUUUAUACUGGCUGAGAUGAUACUUGCUUUCUACUUCUUGUUCACUUGCUCUUUAAGUAAAAUGAGACACAGAGUUGUUGCUGAGACGAGUGGGAACAGCACUUUGAUUUGCUGGUUUAAUUAAAAAAUGAUAAAGGAUUAAAGGAAAAGGUGGACGUGGACUGCAGGUUACAAACCUGGACACACCUGGGGAAGGAAGACAAGAAGAAUUAAAACUUAAAAAAAGCCCAGCGGAGAUAGACGAAUGUCCCCACAUCUCCAAAGGAAAGUUCAUCGGAUUUUUACUCUAGAGAUCUCAUCUUCAGGAUGUCAUUGAACACUUCCACUACAGGAAAAGGUGUGGAUCCAAACGCGGUUGACACUUAUGACAGUGGCGAUGAUUGGGAAAUCGGUGUUGGGAAUUUAAUAAUCGAUUUGGACGCCGAUUUGGAGAAGGACAGACAGAAAUUUGAGAUGAAUAACUCUACCAAUACCACCAGCAGCAGUAACACCAGCUCCAAGGAUUGCGGGGGUCUGGCUUCCAGUGGGGCUAAUACUACCUCAGCCUUAGCUGAUGGCCUAAAAUUUGCUUCUGUUCAGCCCUCUGCUCCCCAGGGGAAUUCCUCUCACAAAGAGACUAGCAAAUCAAAAGUGAAAAGGAGUAAAACUUCUAAGGAUGCUAAUAAAUCUCUGCCUUCUGCUGCCUUGUAUGGGAUUCCUGAGAUCAGCAGUGCUGGCAAGAGGCAGGAAGUCCAAGGGCGCCCUGGAGAGGCAACUGGCAUGAAUUCAGCACUGGGUCAAAGCGUGAGCAGUAACCCGAACGGCAAUAAUAACAACACCAGCAACACCACCACCACUAUUGCCUCUUGUGGGAAAAACAAAGAGGAGAAACCAGGUAAAAACCAGGGCAGCAGAGGCUCCAAGCGGGAUAAGGAUGCGGGGAAGUCCAGGAAGGACAAGCAGCACGACCUGCAGCCAGGCCACCCCAACGGCCCCGGGGGUGGCAGUGGCCAGGCCCCCCCAGGGCACCUCUAUGGCUACGGGUCCAAGGGCGGUGGGAGCGGCAGCCCCUUCCACUGCACUGCUGCCGCCGCCGUCGGGGAGGUGAGCAAAAGUGCCCCGGAUUCAGGGUUAAUGGGGAACUCUAUUUUGGUAAAGAAGGAAGAGGAGGAGGAAGAGAGCCACAGGCGAAUCAAGAAGUUGAAGACAGAAAAGGUUGAUCCCCUGUUUACAGUGCCUGCACCUCCACCUCCGAUUUCCAGCAGUAUCACACCUCAGAUUCUGCCUUCCUACUUUUCCCCAUCUUCAUCCAAUAUUGCAGCACCAGUCGAGCAACUUUUGGUACGGACUCGUUCAGUGGGUGUAAAUACUUGCGAGAUUGGAGUUGUAACAGAACCCGAAUGCCUUGGACCCUGUGAGCCUGGGACCAGCGUGAACUUGGAAGGAAUUGUGUGGCAUGAAACCGAAGAAGGUGUCCUGGUGGUAAACGUUACAUGGAGGAACAAGACUUAUGUGGGAACGCUGCUGGACUGCACCAAGCAUGACUGGGCCCCUCCCAGGUUCUGUGAAUCUCCAACAAGUGACCUGGAAAUGCGAGGAGGACGGGGCAGGGGGAAGAGGGCAAGGUCUGCUGCAGCUGCAGCCGUACCUGGAAAUGAUACGAGUUUUACCGAGUCCAGAGGACUUCAGAAUAAGAAUCGAGGUGGUGCUAAUGGGAAGGGAAGGAGGGGCAGCCUUAACUCAAGUGGGCGCAGGACACCCCCAAACUGCGCUGUAGAUGAAGUCAAAGCCAGCCCCUCAUCCACAAACAAGAGAAAAAGUAAGCCUCCAAUGGAGCUAGACUUGAACUCCAGUUCAGAGGACAAUAAGUGUGGAAAACGUGUUCGUACUAACUCUAGAAGCACUCCCACCACCCCACAGGGGAAACCAGAGACUACUUUUUUGGACCAAGGCUGCUCUUCUCCAGUGCUGAUUGACUGUCCUCACCCCAACUGCAACAAAAAGUACAAGCACAUUAAUGGACUACGAUACCACCAGGCUCAUGCACAUUUAGACCCAGAAAACAAACUGGAGUUUGAGCCUGACAGCGAAGACAAAAUUUCAGACUGUGAAGAAGCUUUGAGUAAUGUGGCACUUGAAUGCAGUGAGCCAAGCACAAAUUUGCCAGGCUUUGAUCCGCUAAAAGCACCGACAUCUCCUUCCUCUAUCACUACCCCAGGGACCCCCAAGGGAAAAAGGGAACUGACCAGCAAUGGCCCCAGUUCAGUUAUCAGUUCCAAAACUGGCAAGAAUUCUGGCAAAAAGAAGGGUCUGAACAGUGAAUUGAACAGCCUUCCAGUAAUUUCUAAUAUGGCAGCCACACUGGAUAAUUGCUCUGUAGCAGAUGGCAAUUUGCAAACUGAAAUGCCAAAACUGGAGGCUGAAGGGCUAAUAGACAAGAAGAGUAUGAGUGAUAAAGGCAAGAAAGCUAAUAAUUGCAAAGUGGAUAAAAACCUUUCCAAACUGAAAACAGCCAGGCCCAUUGCCCCAGCGCCAGCACCGACUCCUCCCCAGUUAAUAGCUAUACCUACUACAGCCUUUACAACCAGCACUACAGGGACAAUACCGGGACUGCCCUCUCUAACAACUACUGUUGUUCAGGCUACACCAAAGAGCCCUCCGCUAAAACCUAUUCAACCAAAGCCCACAAUUAUGGGAGAGCCAAGCACUGUAAACCCAGCUCUCACAUCACUCAAAGACAAAAAGAAAAAGGAGAAGCGAAAGCUAAAGGACAAAGAAAGCAAAGAGACUGGAAGCCCUAAGAUGGAUUCUAAGCUGGGAAAGCUAGAGGAUUCAAAAGGGUCUGGGAAAGAUUUAUCUGGACAUUUUUUAAAGGACCAUCUCAACAAGAAUGAAGUGUUAGCUAAUGGACUUUCCGAGUCUCAAGAGAGCAGGAUGGCAAGUAUUAAGGCUGAAGCUGAUAAGGUUUACACGUUCACAGACAAUGCUCCCAGCCCUUCUAUAGGGAGUGCCUCCAGGAUGGAAUGCAGCACUUUGGUGAAUGGACAAUCUUCGAUGGCGCCACUGCAUGUGUUGACACAAAAUGGUGCAGAUAGCGCUGCCGCUAAAACCAACAGCCCUGCUUACUCGGAUAUCUCUGAUGCAGCUGAUGACGGUGGCUCCGACAGCCGGUCAGAGGGCAUGAGGUCAAAGGCCAGCUCUCCUUCGGAUAUUAUUUCUAAUAAGGACGGUGUUGUAAAAGGACAUUCUUCAACCACAGCACAAUCGGCUCAAGCGAAAGAGUCCCAUUCUCCCUAUUACCAUGGCUACGAUCCAUAUUAUUCUCCAAGUUACAUGCACUCUGGACAGGUCAGCACCCCAGCAGCUGGGAACAGCAGCACCCCACAGGGACUGAAGAUCAAAAAAGAGGCUGAGGAAGAGGCUGAAAAGAAAGAGAAGGCAGAACUGUCAGAUGCCAAGAAAAAUGAAAGCAGUUCCUCUAAUUUGCAGCCACAACAUCAGUCAGUAAUAACGCAAAGACACCCUGCACUUGCUCAGUCACUUUAUUAUGGACAGUAUGCCUAUGGGCUCUAUAUGGACCAAAAGUCCUUAAUGGCCUCUAAUCCCGCUUACAGACAGCAGUAUGAAAAAUACUAUGAGGACCAGCGACUAGCAGAACAGAAAAUGGCACAAACUGGGAGGGACUGUGAAAGGAAGAAUGAACCCCCGUUGAAGGAAAUUGGAAAGGACGAUAACAAGCAGAAAAAUGUUCCAUCUGCUACUAUUUCAAAGGCUCCUUCAACUCCAGAGUCGAGCAAAAAUAACAGUAAAAUAGGGUCUUCGGUCCCUAACAAAGCUGAGGAGACGAGCAAAUCACAGAUCCUUUCCAAUCACCAGCAGCAGCUUCAGUCUGACAGUUUCAAAGCCAAACAAAUGGAAAACCAUCAGCUCAUAAAGGAGGCUGUGGAGAUGAAAUCUGUUAUGGACUCCAUGAAGCAAACAGGAGUGGAUCCAACCACGAGAUUUAAACAGGAUCCAGAUUCACGAACAUGGCAUCAUUAUGUUUAUCAGCCCAAAUACCUUGAUCAGCAAAAAUCAGAAGAACUUGAUCGUGAGAAAAAGUUAAAAGAAGACAGCCCUAGAAAAACACCUAACAAGGAAAGUUCCCUGCCUAACCUUCCUGUCUCGUUAGCAAGCAUUAAAGAGGAGCCUAAAGAGGUCAAGCGUUCUGAUUCUCAAUCAGUGGAUGAGAGCAAGAUAAAAAACGAUGAUCGAAAGACUCCUGUAAAUUGGAAGGACUCUCGGGGUGCUAGAGUAGCGGUUUCCUCACCAAUGAGUCAGCAUCAGUCAUAUAUCCAGUACUUGCAUGCUUAUCCUUAUCCACAGAUGUACGAUCCCAACCAUCCAGCCUAUCGUGCAGUCUCUCCUGUCCUAAUGCACAGCUAUCCUGGGGCCUAUCUCUCUCCAGGAUUUCAUUACCCAGUUUACGGGAAGAUGUCAGGGAGAGAAGAGGCGGAGAAAGUCAAUACCAGCCCGAGCAUCAACACGAAAUCAACCACUGAGUCCAAAGCACUGGAUUUGCUCCAGCAGCAUGCCAACCAGUAUCGCAGCAAGUCCCCUGUUCCCGUGGAAAAAUCAGCAGCUGAGCGUGAACGGGAAGCGGAAAGGGAAAGAGACCGUCAUUCUCCUUUUAGCCAGCGACAUCUCCAUACACACCAUCACACACAUGUUGGAAUGGGUUACCCACUUAUACCUGGACAGUAUGACCCAUUUCAAGGAUUGACCUCUGCUGCCCUUGUUGCCACUCAGCAGGUGGCUGCGCAGGCAUCUGCAACUGGUAUGUUUCCUGCACAAAGAAGGGUGAAUUACUAGAAGUUAGAGCUUGUUUAUAACGUCGGUUUCAUUUCUCCUGCCUUGUGAAUACUUAAUGCAGAAGGAUAAAUUAAAGAUUCCCAGAAGACAAGCACACUUGGACUUUUUAUACUACUAUGAUGAAUCUGCCAUUCAUAUUGGUAUAAUUGUUUUAUUUUUAUAGGCAUAAAAUAAGUUCCCAUAGUGACUAGUAAUAAGGUUUAUUGAUUUUUACUACACAUUAUUCAUCUGUGGCUUACUCUUAUCAUCUUGUUCUGAACACGUUCAGAAGGUUCACAGUGGUGACAUACUACAAAUUAGCUUCAUCAAAAAUGGGAAGGAAGAGGUUUUUUUUUUUUUUUUUUUUUUUUUUUGUGGAUGGGGAUAUUGUGAAUGCAGAACUCCUGAAAAAUAAGUGCCUUAUUACUUCUAUAUUAAAAGCUUAGAUGGUUUUUGUAUUGAAAUGUACCAUUGAUUUCUUUUCAGUCUAGACCAUUAAUGCUUCUACAGCAAAACAGAUCUUAUAAAUUCACACUAUUGGUGAUUUUGAUUUAGUGUGGUUUAAUAUAGUGUUGUAAGUACCUGGAAUGAAUUACUCUGAUUGAUACGGGGUAAGCAGCAGUUAAAAUUAUAAUUAAUGUUAUAACUUUAUUAUAUCCUUGGAAUUUGCAAGAGAGGCUAACAGGCAUUGCCAUUUAUUGUCUUCCUCCACUUUGGUUAUUCUUUUCCCUCUAUCUUCAUAACUUUCCUUUUAAUUUAGCACUUGCCAUGCUGACCUCCUUAAAGGUUGUGCAGCUGGCUCAGUAACUCCCCAAAGCCAAAAGAUAUCCAUCUACAUGCCCAAGUCUGACGUACAGCUGCUGUAAUCAUUUCAUCCUUCUGUAUCCAAAGGAUGAGCAAACUGAAGCAGCAGUAUGAGGAAGACAAAUUUUAAACCUGGGAACUUAUGACCACAGAAGCUGGUCACUGGAAGGGGGCAGCUGAAGCAGCAUAGUACAGAUGUAUCUGUGCUGUUGUUUUCCACAGGCAGGGCUUGUGCUCCUUGUGACCUCCAGCUAACACCGUUACCACUCUGCUCUGCUAGCAGCUGCAGUCAGUGACCCUGUUCUAUCUUUCAUUUGGGUGUUUCCAGCUGUCUCGUAGAGGUGAACAAGGGCUUUAGUAUUACAGUGACUUCUGUGAGUUUCUAACCUGUCCAUGGCAUGCAGCUAGAGGAAUGAAAGGUCUGUCAGUGGCAGCCCAUCACACCAACCCAAAACCCCAGCCAGGGAGUUAUUGCCUGUGGUGCUUGCACUGGGAAGAAAACAGAUGUGAAUGGAGAGGGUGUGGCUGGUUGGUUGGUUUGUUUGUUUGAUUGAUUAAUCUUGCUGGUGUAGAUGCUCAAGUAGGACAGGGGUCUAACUGACUGAGUUGGAUGACUAGCAGGGCUAGACUGGAACUAUUGAAAGUGGGGCGCAGGAGAAACAUUUUUCCAGUUUCUUAUUUUUAGAUUCCUGGUCACUUUAGUGAACACCUAAGAACUCAUAGAGCUAAUUCUGUGCCAUCUCAUUCCCUCCCUUGCUUUUGAAGGGUGUGUUGGUUGGAUGUAAUCAUUGGGUCAUUAAGUCUCUGACAAUUGCUGGCAGUGCAUGUGCUUUCAGAGGAUGUAAGAUGAGAGAAACCACUAAUGCAUCCUAAAGUACACCAGGUAUCACUGAUAGCAUGAAAAACGGCAUAAACAACACCAUGGUGCCCUUCUGCAACUCUCCACCCCAUCUGUUUUCAGGGAAGGAGUGGGAGAGUUGUGCAAGGAAUCUAGUCCUUAUUUCCUUCUGGCAUCAUGGUCUUGCCAUUCUUAUCACAACUGACAGAUGUAGCGUCCUCAUCCUGCAGGAAAAUCUCAUUCUACUACUUGCUUGCCAUACUCUCUUGCUCCUCUUUCUCUGCACAUCUCUCUCCUUCUCUCCCCUUCACCUUACUUGGCCACUUAAUAAGCUCUCUAGCUUACUUCCAUUUGAUAUCAUCAAAACUUACUUGUUCUAUCUGUACAGCUAAAAUCCUUCUGCGUACAUUUAUGAUCUCAGCUCUUGAUUAGUUUCUGAUCUUUUAUCAUGUUCCCUUCUUUGACCUGUGUUUUUUUUUUCUGUCUUAUGCUGUGUUAAUGUAUCCUUGUCUCUCUUCAGCAUAAAGUGUUUGGGACACAAAACAUGUCUCACUUCAAAUUCCCACAGCGUAGGUCAUAUUUAUAGUUCUUCCUGAGUAAUAGCAAUGGAUGCUUCUAACAUCAUGUAGAUGAUAGUGCAAGAUGUCAUGAGUAGUUAGUGCAGACCGUUACUAACAAGGAGCUUAAGAUAACUGACAAAAGACUUUAUGGUUUUGAGAGCUAUGUUGAAACCAUUACUGCCUCGAAAACUGGGAAUGGUAUCAAGCCUAUAUAGGAAGUCUAAAGCUGUACUUCCUUGAAUCAGAGAGAACUGGAGAUAUAUAGUCAUUACUUAAUGAGCCAGCUUUGCUCUGCUUUAGAAAAAUAGAUGUUUUCUUCAUUUGUUUCAGUCUUAACCUUUACCUAGCUUUCUGUAUUAAAUACUCUACAGCAUUACCAUGAACUACAGUUUUCCUUGAUGUAGGUCU